UACGCAAGUGUCUACUAUCCCUUAGGAUUAUCGUACAAUUCUGAUCAAGAUAAGAAAGAAGGGAAGACUCUUUUGAGGCAAGUUGAAGUGGAUGCUAUUACUCUUUAAGUUACAGACACAAGGUCAUACCAUACUAACCAGCAAUACGGCAACCAAACCCACUGGCCAUCAGAGAAAAUUACCGAAAUGGGCGACAAAAGAGAGAAAACCCCACCUGAGUGGCCGCCAUCGCCGGUGAUAAAUUACCACUGGUCAGCGGCCGUACAUACAAUUUUUCUGUUUCUGGUUUUCAACUUUUCCCCCACUCCGCAUGCAUGGCUGGUUCUCCGAGCAGUCUGACAUGUGGCCCGGCCAGGCCAUGAACCUCAAGGUUAACCAGAUCCUCCACCACGAGAAGUCCAAGUACCAGGAUGUUCUCGUUUUCGAGAGCAGCGACUACGGCACCGUCCUCGUCCUCGACAAUGUCAUCCAGUGCACUGAGCGCGAUGAGUUCUCCUACCAGGAGAUGAUCACCCACCUCGCCAUGAACUCCCACCCCAACCCCAAGAAGGUCCUUGUCAUCGGUGGUGGUGACGGUGGUGUCCUCCGUGAGGUCGUCAAGCACGAGACCGUCGAGGAGGCCACCCUGUGCGACAUUGACGAGGCUGUCAUCCGUGUCUCCAAGAAGUACCUUCCUGGCAUGAGCAUUGGCUUCCAGCACCCCAACGUCAAGGUCCACGUUGGCGAUGGUUUCCAGUUCCUCAAGGAGCGCCAGAACGAGUUCGAUGUUAUCAUCACUGACAGCUCUGACCCCGAGGGUCCCGCUGAGAGCCUCUUCCAGAAGCCUUACUUCGAGCUUCUGCGCGAUGCGCUCCGUGAGGGAGGUGUCAUCACCACACAAGGUUCCGAGAACCAAUGGCUUCACCUGUCUCUGAUCACCGACCUCAAGAAGUCCUGCAAGGAGGUCUUCCCCGUCGCCGAAUACGCCUACACCACCAUCCCCACCUACCCCUCCGGCCAGAUCGGCUUCAUGGUCUGCUGCAAGGAUGCCACCCGUAACGUCAAGGAGCCCGUUCGCAGCUGGACCCGCGAGGAGGAGGAGAAGCUCUGCCGCUACUACAACCAGGACAUCCACCGCGCCAGCUUCGUUCUCCCCAACUUCGCCCGCAAGGCCCUGGACGCUUAGACUAUCUGAAGUUUUGUCGUUCUAAUACUUUGGGUGGUGGCCUCCUCCGUUUCGAGGCCCCACGGCGGCUGAUAAUCGAUGAUGAUCUGACGAUGACGAAUAUAACAAAAGAUUUCUGCUGCUUCCUCAAUAAUAUUCCCCCGAUGCUUCACAUGGAUUUCACACGUGAGAUGCAAGUCGAAAGGAUCUUCUAAGAUAUAAUACUAGCCAAUAUCCGCUUUGGGAAAAGUGGACACCAUAUGACUACAUCGUAAUCCAACCGUAUGUGUACGCG